AAAGAUCCACAUAUAUAAGCUAAUGGCAGUGACCGAAAUUAUUAAAAAUCAACAGGGGCAAAACUAGAAAUCCAUUCAUCAGGUAAACAUAAACAGGUUUACAUUGUUUUUUGGUUUUGAUAUAAUAGAAAACCAGUUCCUUGUUAUAUAAUCCACCAUCAACCACCACCGUCGGCCGACGACAUGACGUCAUCACCACCACCACAAGUACCAUGGGGAACAUGGGAUGAGCUGUUAUUAGCUUAUGCCGUCAACCGUUACGGUACCAAAGACUGGGACUCCAUUUCAUGUGAGCUACAAAAACGGACACCCGACCCGACCCAUAUUACUCCUCUUCAUUGUCAACAAAAAUACUCUGAACUCAACCGUCGGUUUAAUCAUCAAAACCAAAACGACGUCGUUAUGGAUGAUGAUAAUAAUAAUAUCCCUUGGCUUGAGGAUCUGAGAAGACAACGUGUUUUAGAACUACAAACUCGGCUCCAGAAUUACGAUCUUAAAAUCUCGAAGUUGCAAUCAAAAGUGAAGAAGCUAACGGAAGAAAGUGAAAAACCGUUAGAUUUAGAUAACGGAAACGAACCGGAAAAACCGGAACAAGAAGAAUUCCCGGUGAAGUUUUCGGCGACGGAGGCGGUGGUUUCAGGCGAAGGAGAACGGUCCGACGAAGAGGAGACGGUUUCCGACAGGGAUAACCAAUCAGUGAACGGUUCAAAUGGGAACGUGAAUAUAGAAACAGAAGGAAAACCGGAAAAUGGGAAGGAACCGGGAACCGGGGAAGAGAAAAGUGAACCGGUUGAAGAUGAACCGGUUAAGAGUGAACCGGGUCAGGGGGAAAGAACCGGGUCGGGGGAAAAGGAAAAUGUGGGAAUGAAGGAGAAUUCAGAUGUACAAAGCUCGGCUAGUAAGUCGAAUAAAGAAGAGAGAGGAGUCGAUAAGAUACGGCGAGGGCCCGCCGCUAGUAAAGGUGAAGACGAAGAUGAAGAAGAUCAAUCGACGGAUAGUAUUCCUGUUAGAUCGUUGCCUUUGGUUGAUUUCUUGGCUCGGCUUCAAAAAGUUGGCUCGGCUGUGUUUGAUCGCCCUCGGCUUGAUCGUCAGGAAAAACAAAGAUACAAGAACUUGAUUAGGCAACACAUUGAUUACGAGAUACUACAAGCCAGACUCAAAGAAGGCUGGUAUUCUGAUGGCAACGAUAAGUUCUUUAGAGAUCUUCUCCUCCUUGUUAACAACACCCGCGUAUUCUUCCCCAAAGAAUCUCAAGAAUCGACUGUGGCUAAGGACCUUCGACAGCUUAUUCUAAAGGAAAUGAUGUCCAAGAAGAAACUAAAAACGGAUUUAAAAUUGAUGGAUAAACAAACCUCGUUAAAACUUGCAAACUUACCCACAAAACGAGCGUCUGAACCACCUGAUUCGUUGCUUCACAAACCCAUUUUAGCUGUCCCGAUGGUUGUUUGUAGAAAAAGAAGCUCGAUAACAGCUAAAGCAGCAGCGGCAGCAUCUUCGUCUGGAGUUGAUAAGAGAAAGGAACAAACGGAUUUAAAGAGUUCUGAAAAGUUAGAUGAGGAGAAGCGGGAGACACCAAAGAGAUCUAAAGAUUCGUUUCCUUUGAUCACGAAGAAAAAGGUGAAGAGCAUUGAAAAGAAUCCAGGUAACGAGACUCCAAACAUGAAACCCGACAAAAAGAAGAAGCUAACAGAAGCAGAAGAGAAGAAGCAAAGCGCAGCCAAGUUUUUGAACAGAAUGAAACGGUCCAACAAUGAGCCAUUGCUGAAUACAUUGAGAAGCACGUCGGAAAGUGGGGGAAAUUCAGAAAACGACGGUAAAGGAGGAGGAGAGACUAAAAGAAGUGGAAACAAGGGUGGUGGUGAAGGGAAGAAAGACCAGGUGUCGAAGAAGAACUCUGGGGGCCGCCAACGUAAAGAAAGUCCUGCAAAAAGGAGCGUCGGCCGGCCACCAAAGAGAGCUUCUGCAAGGUCUCCCUUGUCGGGAACUUUAGGAAAACGAAAUCGGGAGUCGGGGGAUUCGGAAACAUUGGUUACUAAAAAAACCAAGAAAAGAUCAAAGAGGUGAAAUGGUAAUGUAGUUUAUGUUAGUGUAUGUUUCAGUUAUCAUUAAACUAAUUAGUCUAACCCUGUUGCUCUAUUUAUCAUUUUGUUCUACAUUUGACAUCAUGUUAACAUGUUUUUGUAGUUGGUAGUUUAAGAAACUUAGCAACUUGUGCUUCUAAAUUUGUACGAGUAAUUUUUUGGGGUAAGUGAUGAAUGGCUUUCGAGAUUAAAUGAUGACAUCAAUCAUUUUCAUUUUAAA